UUAUAGGUUUGCACCACUUAACUCCGCAAACUAAGGGUUCUCUUGCAGUGCCUGGAGGCUGGAGGUCUGUGAGGCUGGGCAGGGAAGAAAUGGGUCCCCAACACAGUUGAGAGCUGGAGCAACGGAAUCAAGCCAGCCUCCUACACAUGGAGGGGGACGGUCACUUAUAAGGACCUCGUCCUUUGGGUUGAGGACUGACCCCGUAAUAAAAUGACUGUCAAGCACUGGGGAGGUGAUGUGGCGUUUGAAGGGGGAACAAGACUGCUUGAUGACGGGACAGUCAAGAAGGGUGGUGACAGAGGACCAAAGAAAUGUCGGGACAAUGUGACAAAAUGUGACAGUGUGUGGGGGGGUCCUUAGAAAACGGUAGACAUCAAAGCAUAGUUCAUCAAGAAGGGUGGUUAAGGGGCGGUGAGGAGACACACUGGUAACAAUGAGAGGUGUUCUAAAAUGGAAUGAGCCCGAAGCUUGGAAGGUGAGCCGCCCCUCACUAGAAUACCCAUUUAUUGAGCGCUCUCUAAAUGCCGUGCCCUGGAGCGAGAGGAGCAGGAUUUUGGCAGCUGUUAUGUGGAGGGUUAGGAGAUGGAAAGAUGAACAAGCGAGCUUUCCCUUCGGAGCCCAGGGUAUCAUGGGACUCACAGAAACCAGUGCCCAGAGAUGGGCCAAAGACACCAUCAGGCAAAAAAGUGAAGGCACCAUUCUCACUCUUGUCCCGGAAAUGGAAGCGCGACCGCGAGCAGUGUCUGGCAAUGGCCUACGUGCCAGUGGUGGUGGCCCCCAGGGGGCAGAAGGUGGACAAGCACAGGGACACCGACCACACCCGCAAGCGCUUUGACGUGCUUCCUGCCAACCUGGUCUUGUGGUCCCCCUAGGCCUGUGACAGCCAGAAGCCCCUGCCUUGCACCCUCACCCCUGUGACUCUGAGUCCCGGAGGAGAAGGGCUGCUCACUCCUGGAGGAGCCGUGUCUAUUUGGGAAAAGCCGGCGGUGACAUGUCCCACUGUUGAUAAUGGAAAGAGAGGCCUCUCAGCAUCAAUUAAAGCUUGUACUUCCUUUCCCUGGCA